AUGCCCAUGAAACUUGAAGGAAGCUGCCAGUGCGGCGGGGUGCAAUUUACUCUCGAUUCUCAAACGCCUGUUCCUUAUCAGCUUUGUGCAUGCAGCAUUUGCCGCAAGGUUGGUGGCUAUAGCGGCAGUGUCAACCUAGGAGGUAUCGCGGAUAGCCUCAAAAUCAUCAAGGGAAAGGAUCUCAUUAAGAAAUACAACGCCAUAAAGGACCGUGGCACUCCCAACGAGGCAAAAUGUUCGUCUGAACGCAACUUCUGUUCCAAUUGCAGUACUAUGCUCUGGCUGUGGGACCAUCACUGGCCGGAGCUCAUCCAUCCUUUCGCAUCUGCCAUCGACACCGAGUUGCCGGUCCCAGACGAGAUGGUUUGUGUCUUGGCAAACUCCAAACCAUCCUGGGUACGGUGGCCCGAAGGCAAGAAAUCGGUGCAUGAUGUCUACGGCGACGACAGCAUUGAAGGGUGGCACAAGAAACAUGGUCUAUUCAUGGAAUGA